AUGCCCACUGUCUUCCACCCCAGUAACUUCACAUCCGAAGCUGCGACCACUGUCCUCACCAGCGCCCUCCACUCCGUCCCCGCAUCCCGCAUCCCAUUUCAGCUCGUUCUCCCCAUCCUCGUCGGCGCCAUCGUCGGCGUAUAUCUCAGUGGCGUCACCAAUGUCGUCCCAGUAUCCUCCCUCGUGGAUCGUGGCAUUCCCAGGACAUCAUGGUGCCACCUCUCCCUGUUAUACCCCCUCGUCUCGCUUCAAAGUAUCGUCAUCCACGCACUCGCCGCCACACGCCACCUCGCCACCGAAGCGCUCUGCGUCCUCGUCCUCUUCGUCUGUGAUCUCGCCUCCGUGUUGCUGAAACAGGAAGAUGAGAUCGCAAAUUGGGGCAUGCUCGCGCUGCGCGGUGGAGACCUCGUCGUCCGCGACGCUGCAGCUACCGUUCGUCUCGUCGCCGAAGCACUCUCGGACGCUGUCCUUGGUGCACCUCCAGACGCGUCCGCCAGUGGCGCAGAACUGCCCAAUGCCGUGACCCCAAAGCCAAACGUCAUCGAGGAUCUAUUCCGUCCCAUAGACACAAGGGACAUCGUCUUUAAGGCGUCUCCGUCUGUCCCGUCUCGCCGCUUGACGUCCUCGACCAAAACCGACCAUGCCGCACAGCUUCGACGCAUGUCCCGGGCUGCGUUUAAUUGCGCCGUGCGCCAUCUUGAUGACCCGUACGAGGGCUCCUUCAACGUACGGUAUCCGGAGAAGGAUUUCGACUCGGCGUACCUCAGUGAUGCACAGACGUCGUCUACCUCCGACGACGAGGAAAAUGUCUCAGUAUCAGGGAUCGCUCACGCAGUCCAGUCCGCACCAUGGGAAAAACCGUCCUCUGCCAUCCUCUCUCCGGCCGCAUCGACAAAGGAGGUCGUCGCUGCACGUUCCGCGCUUCCCGUCCCCGAGAAGCCCGCACUUCAGGCGCCCGCCCAAUCACCCGUGCUCGCUGGUGCUCCUCCGGCCGCGGUUUCAUCAUCUGGUCUCGCCAACUUCUCAAUCUCCCCAUCGAACCAGCAGAAAUUCAAUGUUCCCAGUGCUUCGUCAUUCGCUCUUUCCCGCCCUAUCAAGAGCGCCUCCAAAGACAAGCCCCCUGUUCCGCCAUCAAUGGAGAUGCUCGUUGACGACACCUGGGAUUCUUCUGGCUGGUUCCAUGGUUUCUUCUCCUGCACGGGAUAUAUUUCCAGCGGCACUGAUAUCACCUCCGUUGUUGAGAUCGACGUUGAUGUCGUCAAUUCCGACGGCAAACUCGAACUCGGAGAGGACAUCGACCCGGACAUAUUCAUGAAGUCUCCGUGCUCCCACCUCUUCUGCCGUUCAUGCCCUCGAUCUCUCUAUCAAUCUCUCUCUGAAGCCGAGUUUUAUGGAUGCUACGGAUCAUGGUUAGCGUCUCAGCACGUUGAACCGGAAGCCGCUGCGUACCUGGCCUUGCAUCCGCUUCGGUCCCCCGAGCAACACACGAAUACCCCUGGACCUGCAUCGACGUUCCGCGAGAAGUCCUCGUUGUCUGCCAUUGAUGCGCCGUCGCCGAACGCCAAUGCAAUUGCUGCUCCCCCCUCACCGUUAGACCCUUGCUCGAUCCCGCUCCCCGAGUCCCCCGUUGCAUCGUCACCCCUGCUUCCCUCCGUAUCGUCACUUCGGCCCGAACCAUCCCCGACCCCGACCCCGCCUCUCGUGCCCCAGUGCUCAAACACACAGGACCACGCGCUGACCGGCUCAAUGGGUUCAGACGCCACAUCGGAGUCGUCAGAUACCGCGUUAUCCCCUGCAUCUCCUUCACUGCAGCUCGCCGCGUCCAUCCCUCUGCCACCUUCUCCUGUUCCAUCAACAUCUUCGCUCCACGAGUCGCCGAGAGAGACGGAACCUGCACGCUCCGCUUCACCUUCGGCUCAGGGAUCCACCACGGCAAUUGCUCUCUUGUCGCUCGCUCCGGGGCAUGACAUGGAAGAUAUGUGCGCGUCUUCGUCCAGCACGCCAACAAGGGCGCCAUCCGUCGGGCUCGCAUCCGCAUCAGCUCCAGAGACGCUCUCUUCCGUCAUUCCCUCCACUGUCACCGGCGUGGCCCAAGGAACGUUCGCUCCGGAUGAGCCAGACAUGAGCUUCGACUUCACCCCCUUCUUCUCGGACGACGUCCAAGUGACACCGCAGGAUGGAGGUUUGGCUGAGUUGGAAUACUUGGAUCGACUGCUGUCUGGGCUUGCACGCACUCCGAACGGCACGACCGGAGCACUCGAGACGUUCGCAUCGACGGCGCCGGAGACGGUCCCGUUCGAUGCGCCCUUGGUCCGUAACACAGUCGGCAGUGCGUUGUGCGACCGGACGGGGGAGCACUACUACACACCAGCAGCACCUCCAAUGGACGGAGCAUCCGCGCUUCCUCAGUACGCACCCGCAUCUUCUAACACCAUGGGUCUGGAAGCGUUCGCCUCGGUCGCCCCUGCCAUGAACGACGGCAGCGAGCGCGCUUGGGAUGAAGACACACACUCGGCGUAUCAACAGGGACUUGACGAGUACUACGUGCAAUCCCAUCCACAGGUGACGGAAGCAUGGGUACAUGAGCUCGACGUACUGAUGGGCCAGUUGGAAUCUCUCGCGGGGCUAGGGAGAGUGGAACCAACGGAGGCGCUCCCGUGA